AUGAGGCAUCAAGUAAUAUGGGUCGCUGUGGAACAAAUACUGGGAAAUCGUAAAUUAAAGAGCUCCAAGAUAACAAAAGCUGUCAGUGAAGCCAUAAAUUCUUUUUCAUCAAACAACAAAGAAAUUGUUGAACAAGAGUAUUUUGUCAAGUUUGUGGAUCAGUCUUAUUGGCAUUGUGCGUGGAUGAGCGGAGCAGUACUGUUUACUCUUAAUCCAAGUAAAACACGUGCUUACUUCAGAGCUAAACAGAGUGCUCAUAAUUUAACUACGCUCUCGAACAUUCGCACAUCCACUUUGAAUGAUGAUGAUAACCAGAUUGAGAAUUCAGAAAGCAAUGAACAUAAAGCUAAGGAUUCACCGUAUGGUGAUACUUCAAAAUGCACUAAAGCUGAAUGUAAACUUACGACACUGAUUUCUCAUUCGAGUGAAGAGGAAAGUGAUGAUGAAGACAACUUAAGUAAAUGGAAUAAGGAUGUCGAACUGGAUGUUAACGAAUGGAUUGCUAAUUAUCCCAAGCGUGCUGGUUCACGUCGCCGCUAUCUCCUUCGGUGGGGUGUUGAAAGUUAUACGCUAGUCCCUGAACGUGUUUUGGCUAUUGGUGAAGUUUUUACUCCUGAAAAAUUUAAAAAGGUUGGAGAAGCAGAUCCCAAAAUAAAGUAUAAUCGACCGCCUAGCAAGAUGAAGUGGCCUGAAUAUAGAGAAGUCCUUGUCAAGUGGUUACAUUUGCCGUAUGUUCAUGCAACUUGGGAAACAGUCGAGUCAGAUUUACUGACUUUAGACUCUCCUGCAGCCUGUGGCAAAAGUCAAAAUAGUUUGUAUGAAGUUCUCGACCCAUGUGGGCGUAAUUUAUUACCACGGCUGGUGCGUCGACAUAUUAUUCGAUUAACCAAUAUAUAUUGCUCUCGCGUUGCAACAAUGCUGUGUGAUGCCUACGGAAAUCAGCUUACACCAGGAAGGAAGACUAGGAGUUCAGAAGGUUGGAAAUCCAAAUGGAUGGGUGAACAACCUACUUAUCUCUCCCCAAUUCAUCAUGGUGUUCUUCAUCCGUAUCAAAUGGAAGGCGUUAGAUGGCUCUGGCACGCAUAUCAUAAUAGUGUAAAUGCUAUUUUAGCUGAUGAAAUGGGUCUGGGCAAGACUGUGCAAGUGAUAGCCUUGCUUUAUUCACUUUGGAAAGAAGAAAAUGAUUACGGCCCGUUCAUCAUAAUGGCACCUUUAUCAACUUUGCAAAAUUGGGAAAGGGAAUUUUCCAUUUGGGCACCCGAUUUCUACAUAGUUGUCUACAGUGGUGACAAACAGAUACGUUCCAUGCUUCGGGAGUAUGAAUUUCGCUUACGAAAUGCUGGUGGAAUACCUGCUUUUCAUGUGCUAAUAACUAGCCAUGAAUUAGCUUGCAUAGAUCGCGCAUUUUUGAAGAGUUUUGAUUGGAGUGUCUUAGUUGUUGAUGAAGCUCAUCGAUUGAAGAAUAAACAGUCUCGCGUGAGUAAAACUUUUGAGUCAUUUUUGUAUCCUAUACUCCGAAUUAUCGAAGUAGUCCUAGCUAUUUUCAGAGAUACUAGUCAGUAUCAAACUAAGUUCAAAAUUCUUUUGACUGGAACACCAUUGCAAAAUAAUUUGGAAGAAUUGUUUCACUUAUUGAAUUUUGUUGAACCAAAAAAGUUUACUGAUUUCAGAGCAUUGAGUGAACAAUGGGCUGAAAUGCCUAAAGCUGACCGCAUUAAGCAUCUUCAUGAUUUACUCAAGCAUCAUUUAUUGAGACGUCUAAAAGCUGAUGUCAUUCAGGAUUUGCCAAAAAAGACAGAAAUUGUUGUACCAGUAGAUAUGACUUUGCUUCAAAGACGCCUUUAUAAGUACAUACUACAAAUAAUUAUGAAGAAUUACGGUGCGGCAAUCUUAUGA